AUGUCAACUGUCAUUCCAAAUUUCGAUGAAAAGAUACGGCUUAUUAUUGGUAAUCUUUUGAGUAAAGCAGAUCCACUCUCCAAAACACUCCUGACUGCUUUUGACUCGUCUAAAGAUGUGUCCGAUAAUCAGACUGAGCGUGAUUCCUACAGAAGAGACAUCUCUGAUAACAGAACUUCCAAUGAUCAGAAAAAUAAAGAGAAUAACAACAAUAAAAGGACGCGCUCUUCUUCUCAGUCUCAUACUAAGUCAACACCCCAUCAUGAGAACAAGGAUUUUUUAAAGAUUCGAUCCCUUCUGACGAACUUCCAGACCACUUUUCAGAAAGAGAUCGAAAACAUAAAAUCCAGUAUUGUGACUCAAGAGAACAGAAUUGCCUCGCUCUUCCCCAGUGCCAACCAGCACAUCAUCAGGCAAUGGAAAGCUUCUUACCUUGAAGACGAAUUAAGAAAGGAACAAGCCAAGAACCACACCGUUCCAUUAAUCGCCUUAACAGAGACAUGGCUUAAGUCUUACAUUGAGGAUGCUCAACUUGAAAUUCCGGGUUACUCUCUGUUCAGAAGUGAUAGAGAAGCUAGGGUUGGAGGUGGAGUUUUACUUUAUACACAUGAUGAACUCCCCAUAACUAACGUCCAGACAUAUGAUGAUAGAUACUGUCAGGCUUUGAUGUGUACCAGCGAAUCUGAAAAGUCAAUCAUUUGUGUUCUAUAUCGCCCGCCCGAGUGUCCAGUUCCCAGUUUUAAAUCAUGUUUGGACUUCAUUGACCAGUACAUUGCCAGUGGCGAUGGCGAAUACCGGCUAUCACUUCUUGGAGACUUUAAUAUUCCCCUCAUUGGCUGGUCCACUAAUUCUAUCUUACCCGGUGGUUCCUCAUGUUCAACUUACAGUGCAGCUCUUUUACUUGACUUCAUGUCUGAGAAUCUAUGUACUCAACAUGUGCUGGAACCCACCCGACUCAGAAAUGUAUUAGAUCUGUACAUUUCAAACUCAGAGGAUCUAGUUUCUCACGUCUCUAUUUCGGACACUCCACUAUCAGAUCACAGACGUGUAGAGAUAUUUUUGUCUUACAAUCCUUGUACUCAUUCAGAUCCUCCGGAUUUCAUUGAUUCUUCGUUUAGAAGCUUAGACUUUAAUAAAGCAGAUUUUUCAUCGAUCAAUGACAUGCUCUCAUCUGUUGACUGGGCUCAACUCAUCAACCUUUGCGACAAAGAGGAUUUUCCAGAGCUAUUCACUCUUAUUACUCUACAAAUCUGCCAGAUUGGCUGUCCGAAGAAGAUCCCUCCCAAAACCCAAACUCGCUCAUCUGUGCGCAUCCCCUCUCGCAGAAAACGAAAGCUUCAAACCCAGCUAGAGGCUGCAAAAAUUAAUCCUCAUAGCCCUCCCACACAGAUUGAAUCUUUGAACCGGAAACUUGCUCUCGCUCAUAUGGAUAUUCGUGAUGCCAUCAACCAGGAUCUCCUGUACCGUGAACAGCAAGCCGUAAGCAAGGUAAAAGAAAAUCCCAAGUAUUUCUAUAGUUACGCUAAGAAAUUUUCGAAGAAGAAAAGCAACAUCAGCAUGCUUUUUGAUGGAAACGGUGCCAUCAAAUCAAAUCCAAAAGAUAUUGCCAACCUCUUGCAGAAUCAGUUCUUGUCAGUAUUCAGUGAUCCUUCGAAAACUCGGAUCGACUCUGCUUCUUUCAGUCCCCCUCCAAUCAAGCAUCCUUUUACUGACGAUAUGCUGAAUUUCUCCGUGGACGACAUCAUUAAGGCCAUUGAAGACAUCAAACCUAAUGCUGCAUCAGGUCCUGACGAAAUUCCAGUCACCCUUCUCAAGAACUGCAAGAAAGCCCUAGCAGAACCAAUGCACAUCAUCUGGUCCCGCUCUUUAGUUACUGGGGAGGUCCCUAGUUUCUAUAAGUUCUCACACGUAUUUCCUCUCCACAAGAAGGAUAGUCGAGCCAAACCAGCUAACUACCGACCUAUAUCACUCACCUCUCAUGUGGUUAAAGUAUACGAGAGGGUGAUAAGAAAAAAGCUGGUAAACUAUUUGGAGAUCAAUAACCUCAUCUGUAGUAAGCAGCACGGAUUUAGAUCUGGCCGGAGUUGCCUUACUCAACUUCUCCACCAUUUUGAUGACGUUUUGGAUUCUCUGAGCAACAAUUCAGAUUUUGAUUCAAUAUACCUCGACUAUGCCAAGGCUUUCGAUAAAGUCGAUCACAAACUCCUACUGAGAAAGCUCCAACUCUAUGGAAUCCAUCCUAAAAUCAUAAAGUGGAUAGAAUCUUUCCUCUCAGACCGGAAACAAGCAGUUGUUGUUGACGGUCAUCUGUCCAUCCUUGCACUGAUAAUCAGCGGAGUUCCACAAGCCGCCGAUCAGGGGAUAUACUCCUCCAAAUACGAACUCUCUGCUGUGCUGGCGCAACGAGCGAGACUCUACUUCGCUAUGGGGUGGUCAGAAGAUGUGAUGGCCCCGUCAAGUCUUGACGAAACUCAACAUAGGUCAUAG